UAAACAGGACUUAAUACUGUGUAGUCUGCUAAAUACUAUUGUAUGCAUGUGGAAAUUAUAGUAGUAUAAUUUGCACUAAACAUGCUACGGGAAGGACGCGGUAAAAAUGCAACCAUCACAAGUCAACAGUGAACACAGUUCUCUAAAUUCGGGUGCUCCUCGUGGGAAACUAACCCAAGCAGCAAAAUUCCAAACCAAAAGUAGUUCACCAUCUUCUACCAAGCAAACUACUCCGAAAUGCUCAAACGGGGGAAAAAACAAAUCAAUGGAGACUUCUGGUAGUGGAAAGAAAGCGGAUAGUAUGAAUGGUAAAUGGCAUGUCCCUAAACCUGGGGUUGGCAGUGUGACUUGUAACUUGGAAGAACAUCUAGAAGCAACGAGUAAUGGCAGGGUAUAUGAUAAACCUAAUGUGGCUCAUGAAGAAGCUAAUAGAAAUGGAAAGAUGAAUGCAGCAUAUGACAAUGUUAAAAUGAAUCAACAAAAUCAAAAUCCAGUAAAUGGGAAAAACAAAAUGAUUCAGCAUAAUGAAACUACUAAGACAGUGAACACAGUACACAAAGAAGCAGAUGAUGCUAAACCAACAGAACUGGGUAUCAGUGCCAAAAUCAAGAAAAAAAGAAAUAAGAAAAAGCGUGACAAGCUACCAGCUACAAGUCCAGACCCGCUAAUUCAAGCAGGUAAUGAGAUUCUGAAACUAGUGAACAGUGGUGUAAAUAAGAACCAAAACACUCCACCAACUCCAAGUGUGGAUUGCUCUGAAACACCAAAAAUCCAUCAGAAGAAAGUGGUUCCAUCUACACCCACCAUUUCCCCUGGUAUGGAAAAACUUGGUUUGAAACAAGCAGAAGCUCGGCUUAGUAGAGAUUAUAUAUUUACACUGGAAAAGAAAUCUGAAGACUUUCCCCAUGCAAAGUUUGUAUGUAAACUGUGCAACUAUCACCUUGAUAAUGUACCUCUUGCACACAAGCACAUUAAGGAGAAAAGGCAUCAGAAGGCACUGAAGGAAAGACAGCAGGACAACAUAUUACGUGAGCUCUCCCUUCCUUCCCCCCCUGCCAUCAACAACCUACAGAAGGUCUUACUUACUGAGGUAGUAGCUGAAGUAAUGAGUGAAAGUGACGUACAACUACGCACUAACACAGUGCAAGACCUUGAACAACUUAUCAGCACUCAUAUACCAAAGUCACGUGUUGUGUUAUAUGGUUCAUCAUGCAGUGGGUUUGGUUUUACAUCAAGUGAUGUGAAUGUUGAUCUACAAUACCCAUCCACCAUGCGUGCUCCUGCUGCCUUGCUUAAAGUUCUUUCACUUCUUCAAGAUUCAGAGACUUACCAAGAUGUGAAUGCGGAUUUUCUCGGAAAGAAUCCUCGGAUUAAUUUCACGGAUCAAAAAUCAUCACUUAACAUCUCUUUAAGCACGGGGAACGAAUCGAGCAUCCUGACAAGUCGUCUGCUACGUUUCUACUCCCUGCUUGACCCCAGAGUAAUUCAGUUAAGCAUGGUGUUUCGUAAAUGGGCAAAAAUGUGUCGACUUGAUCUACAAAGUGAGGGUUCCCUACCAUCCCAUGCAUUCAUCAUUAUGACCAUCUUCUUCAUGCAAAGGCACAAAUAUAUACCAGCUCUACAUGAGAUAAUUGCUGACCACGACAUGACAUCCAUAUUGAACCAUUCUUCCAUUUCUAAAUGUGAGUUGCUGGACUUUACAAGUGGUUCAUGUCAUUACACGGCAACUUUACCACCUAAACAACCAAGCAGUCCUGUAAAGAAGCCGACCCCUACUGAAGAGGAUGAAACUGACUCGGACGCUGAAACAAACACGACACUCGAGAAUUGCAUAUCUGAAUCUCCAGAUAGCAAUAUUGAGCUUGAUUCGCCACUAUCAGGCGCUCAAGAGCCCGUCAAGCCGUCCCCCAUACAACCCAACAACCCUGUUAACCUUAUGGGAGGGUUAGAGGGAAAACAAUUGCUUGUUGCUGAUUUGUGGUUGGCCAUGAUAAAGUUCUUUGCAUUGGAGUAUCCUAUGGAAGACCAGAUCAUAUGCAUCUGCACAAGUCGAACCCUGCUUAGAUCAGAUAAGAAUUGGAGCAGAAAAAGGGUUGCAAUUGUUGAUCCUUUCUCUUCCAAGAGAAAUCUAUGUCGUUCUAUGACUCAACAGGCAGUGUUUGGGUACAUGAUGUCCCGGUUAAAAGCAGCCGUGACUUACUUCUAUGCUUCACGUGCACAAAAUGAUACACCGCAAGUAUCAUGUGGCAAUCAUGAUGUGAAUGAUAACACUCCAUCUACUAGUAAUGGUGGUACAGGUAUAGAGGAACAACUGGAUGAAGUUGUUCCAAAAAUUUGUGACAUGGCAAUCCACUCUGUGCUUGACGAAGUUGCUGAGGAUACUACAAGGUAUGAGUUUACUAAUAAAGUGAUAACUGGUGGACACUACCCCGUCAAAGUUUGUGUCCUGUGCAAGAAUGAGGGGCAUGUUCGCAAGGAUUGUCCCGAUGAAGCUAAAGUUAUGGACCUUGUGGAACUACCACCUAUAACCAAGUCUCUACUAAAUGCACUGGAUCGUGUAUGCAACUAUAUGUAUGAAAACUUCGCAUUGAGGCAGAAGGAAGUCCAGGAAAGAAACAAAAUAUGUGAAGCACUUAUGAAUUACAUACAACGCAAAUACAACUUCAAAUGUCAGAUGAAUUUAUUCGGUUCUUCAAGAAAUGGUUUUGGUUUUCGUCGUAGUGACCUUGAUAUUUGUAUGACUUUCUAUGGGAAUGCUACAGGAGAGGAUUUAGACUUCGUGUCCAUCAUCACUGAUGUUGCGAAGUGUCUUCGUAGGAAUUCCGAUCUUUGCAACAUCCUCCCAAUCACCACAGCUAAAGUCCCGAUCGUAAAGUUCGAGCACAAGAUGAGUGGCUUGGAGGGAGACAUAAGUUUAUACAACUUACUGGCACAAAAGAACACAGCUAUGUUAUCCUGUUAUUCUUCCAUUGAUUGUCGAUGCAAGGUGCUCGGGUAUGCCAUGAAAGUUUUCGUGAAGCGGUGUCAGAUUGGUGAUGCUUCACGAGGCUCAUUAUCAUCAUAUGCAUACACACUCAUGGUCAUAUUCUAUCUGCAACAGAGGAAACCUCCAGUGCUGCCAGUUUUACAACAGUUAUACGAAGGUAGUGAACAACCUGUAGAUACAAUAGAUGGUUGGAAUGCCUGGUUCAACAGUGAUGUCAAAGCUUUGAAAGAUAUCUGGCCCGAGUUUGGCAAGAACAAGGAAUCCAUCGGCGAGCUGUGGCACAAUAUGCUUCGCUUCUAUACAGAGGAGUUUGACUUCAGACACCAUGUUGUGUGUAUAAGAAAGCAUGAACCAUUGACUGUGUUUGAAAAGGAAUGGACUUCCAAGUUUAUUUCAAUUGAAGAUCCGUUUGAUUUGAACCAUAACCUUGGUGCUGGUGUAUCGCGCAAGAUGAGCAACUUUAUCAUGCGUGUGUUUGUGAAAGCAAGGCAACACUUUGCCAACUUACCACCGAAAAAUAUGGAUCCUAUUCAUGAACCUGAAUAUUUCUUCGAUGCCAACAUCCUCAUGGAUGGAGAGGAAGCUCCCAAUGACCGAUGUUGCAGAGUUUGUGGGAAGAUCGGACACUUUGUACGAGACUGUCCCAGGAAGAAAAGAAGAAGAGGACAAGAUAAUGGGCAACAAGAAGUAAAGGAUAUGAAUGAAUACAGAUGUUUCUUAUGUGGAGAAUUUGGACAUAUUAAGAAAGAUUGCCCAGAGUAUAACAAUGAUAGUAACUUCACAGGACAAAACAAAUUUUUCCGUGGUUCUUCACCAAGAAACUCUGACUUUCAACAAAGGAACUUUCAAUCUCCCAAAUACAAGAUGUCUCCUCACCAGAAUAAUAAGAGGAACAAUUCCCAUACACCUGGUAGCAGAGACACAAGAAGAAGUAGCCCCCCACCCCACCCCAGCCAUCGAUCAAAUGAAACUCGUGCAAAGAUGAAUCUAUUUCCACCUCCUGCUCAGGAAAGAUCGAUCGAGAGCAGUCCACGUUUCGUGCAAUCAUCACCAAAGCAAAUUCCUGAUAAGAGGCGGACACCAAACAAACAGUGGCCUUCCUCCCCCCACACCCAGCAAUCUCCUGUAUACCACCAACCACCAUCUGCAUCUACACAAGGUUACCAUGGAUCUCCAUACAAUGUGAUUCCUUAUAAUAAUGGAGUGUAUGGUGGAUCGCCAUACAAUACUGGGAUGCCUGAUCAUGGUAAAGAUCCUCACCGUGACCAGAUGGGCAAUGGAACACAAUAUCUCAACAACCCGGCAAUGGUGCAGGGCAGAAACCGUAACAUGGCAUACAGUCCUAUGCACCCUCUACUAUCGCCGAUGAUGAACGACGGUCAGCAGAUGUCGCCCGGCAGCCGUACCCCAAUGGGGAGCUCUCCCCACAAGCAGCAAAGGCACCAUAACCGUCGCAACCAGAAAUAAGACCCACGACAAGCGUCCUUUAUCGUCUCGUAAAGUUUUAUCCCCGCUUACAUUAGUGUUGUUUGGUGAUUAUUUUUUCAUCACUUUUUAGGAUGCAAUUUAGCGCGCAACAUUUUCUUCGAACACCUUUGGUUUUAUGUUUUCUUGUGGUUCUAGCUAUCGUCUGCCACUUGUUUUGCUUCCAAGACGUUUUAUUCUUUUAAACUUUUAGCGCCGCACCCUGAGACGGGUAAGCUUGAAAUCUGAAAACAGAUUUCUGUAUUUUGUUUUAAAAUAAAUUGAUUUAGACCAAUGUGGUUGCUGUUUAUCAGCUGCAAUAGGUUUCCAUCCGGUUUUGUAAGCCAAUAUGAUUUUUUUGCAAUAUAAAAC